UAUUCCCCUUUUGUCCCUGGAGCACCCAAUUACUUGGAGCUUGCCUGGCGAAAUAAUAAAUUGAUAUUCGCUGAACCACCCUUGCUGCAAGCUUAUCAAUAUUAAUUGAGGUGGGCUGAGAUGGGGAGGAGGGAUCAGUGUGUGACCUUUCCCACCCCCAUGCUGGCUCAGAUAGUCAAAACGUAGCCGAGGAGGAAGAAGCAGAACAGGGUUCAUCAUGUCUGACAAACCAGAUUUUGCAGAAAUUGAAACGUUUGAUAAAACCAAACUGAAAAAAACUGAAACUAGAGAAAAAAAUCCAUUACCUACUAAGGAAACUAUCGAACAGGAAAAACAAAACAAAAAUACACCUUGAAGUUGAAUCAGAAGAUAUGGCUAACAUCUCCUGCUAUGGGGUUUUAAGUUUGACAUUUUAAAAAUCUGUUAUUAAUUGAUGUAUUCUGCUUUUUCAGAAAUAGCCCCCCUUUUUUUUCCUUUCCCCCCCUUUAUUAAAACAGCAAGGGUCAUUUAAUUUAGAGCAAUUCUCUAUAGCCAAUCAAAACACCAUUUAUAAUUUCCCAAAGACACUACAUAUUGUGUAUUGAAUAUAUAUGUGAAUUUGCCAAAAAUGUAUUCUUUUGUUGUUUGUCAACAGAAACUAUUAUUUUCAUAUACUAUCUGAUAUCGAACCCCACAAUAAACCAGUUUCUGAUGUG